AUGGCGGCCUCAGAUCAGCAAACAGCGAUGGAUGUUGAUGAGGCGGCGAUCGAUGAGGGCUUGUACUCCCGCCAACUCUAUGUGCUUGGGCACGAAGCCAUGAAGCGCAUGGCCGCAUCCAAUGUCCUCAUCGUAGGCAUGAAUGGACUCGGUGUUGAAAUUGCCAAGAACGUAUGCUUGGCAGGCGUCAAGUCCGUCAACGUUUACGACCCCGAGCCUGUGCAGGUUUCCGAUCUGAGCAGUCAGUUCUUCUUGCGAGAAAACGACGUGGGGAAACCUCGUGCUGCAGUGACGGUGCCGCGACUAGCAGAGCUGAACGCGUAUGUUCCUGUCCGGGAUCUUGGCGGCAAUGCAGGGCAGGAGAUCACCGUGGACAUGAUUAAAGGCUUCCAAGUCGUAGUGUUGUGUGGAGUCCCGCUCAAGAAGCAACUCGAGAUCAACGACUGGACACAACAGAACGAUGUGCACUUCAUUGCCGCAGACACACGAGGGCUUUUCAGUACCGUCUUCAAUGAUUUCGGGCCAAAGUUCACGUGUGUGGACCCGACGGGGGAGCAGCCUCUGUCCGGCAUGAUUGUGUCUGUCGACAAGGACAAUGAAGGAAUGGUGACCUGUUUGGAUGAGACCCGGCACGGUCUCGAAGACGGUGACUUCGUCACCUUUAGUGAAGUACAGGGAAUGACAGAACUCAACGCCUGUGAACCGCGCAAGAUCACGGUCAAGGGUCCAUACACCUUCUCUAUCGGUGACACGUCGGGCCUUAGCGACUACAAGACCGGUGGGAUCUUCACGCAAGUCAAGAUGCCGAAAAUUUUGGCAUUUAAAUCAUUGCGCGAAGCACUGGCAUCUCCCGAAUUCUUCAUCACUGACUUCGCCAAGUUCGAUCGCCCCGCUGUUCUGCAUGUUGGUUUCCAAGCUCUCAACGAGUUCGAGACUCAGAACCAGCGGUCUCCUCGCCCCCGAAAUGCUGAAGACGCUGCUGCGGUAGUGGCACUAGCGAAGAAGAUCGAUGCGGACGUCGACGAAAAGGUCGUCACCGAGCUCGCAUUCCAGGCCACUGGAGACCUUGCACCUAUGAACGCGGUGGUCGGUGGCUUCACUGCUCAGGAGUUGUUGAAAGCUUGCUCUGCCAAGUUCCACCCCAUGUUGCAGAACAUGUACUUCGACUCUCUGGAGUCCAUGCCUUCCCAGACGCCGACAGAGCAGGAUUGCGCACCCACCGGGUCACGAUAUGACGGCCAGAUUGCUGUCUUUGGCAAGACGUUCCAGGACAAGAUUGCGAAUUUCCGCGAGUUCCUCGUCGGUUCCGGUGCUAUUGGUUGUGAGAUGCUCAAGAACUGGAGCAUGAUUGGUCUUGCCUCUGGUCCGAAGGGCAAAAUCUACGUUACGGAUCUCGAUACCAUUGAGAAGAGCAACCUCAACCGUCAAUUCCUGUUCCGUGCCAAGGACCUCGGCAAGUUCAAGUCAGAAGUUGCUGCUGCCGCCGUCGCGGAAAUGAACCCUGAUCUGAAGGGCAAGAUCGACGCCAAGCAGGAGCCGGUCGGACCCGACACUGAAAACAUCUACAAUGCGGACUUCUUUGCGAACAUCGACGGCGUCACGAAUGCGUUGGACAACGUCAAGGCCCGUUUGUACAUGGACCAGCGUUGUGUUUUCUACUGCAAAGCUCUCCUUGAGUCCGGCACCCUUGGCACGAAGGGUAACACUCAGGUCAUCGUUCCACACGUCACCGAGUCGUAUGCGUCAUCUCAAGAUCCGCCUGAGAAGGAGACACCAGUCUGCACGGUCAAAAACUUCCCUAACGCCAUCGCCCAUACAAUCGAGUGGGCACGACAGGAUUUCGACGGGCUCUUCGUGAAGCCGCCACAGGCGGUAAACUCGUACCUGUCGGACCCCAACUUCUUGGAGAACAACCUGAAGUACUCGGGUCAGCAGAAGGAGCAAGUCGAACUGAUCUCUUCAUACCUCGUCGCCAACAAGCCUCUCACCUUGGAGGAGUGCAUCGUCUGGGCUCGACUUCAAUUCGAGGAGAAGUACAACAACGCCAUCCGUCAGCUGCUUUUCAGCCUUCCGAAGGACGCCGUCACCAGCACCGGCCAACCAUUCUGGAGCGGUCCCAAGCGUGCACCUGACCCCCUCACGUUCGACUCCAGCGACCCGACGCACUUGGGGUACAUCAUGGCCGCCGCCAACCUCCAUGCGUUCAACUACGGUCUACGAGGAGAGACCGAUCCGGCGGUCUUCAAGAAGGUGGCAGAUGAAGUCAUCGUUCCUGAGUUCACUCCCAGGAGCGGCGUCAAGGUCCAGGUGAAUGACAACGACCCUACACCGCAGAACGAUGCUGGAGAGACCGACUUGGAAAGUUUGAUCAAGCAGCUCCCUACCCCUUCAUCUCUCGCCGGAUUCCGCCUGAACCCGGUCGAAUUCGAGAAGGACGACGACACGAACUUCCACAUCGACUUUAUCACUGCCGCAUCGAACCUGCGCGCGAUGAACUACAGCAUCACGCCCGCCGACCGGCACACGACCAAGCAGAUCGCCGGCAAGAUCAUCCCCGCGAUCGCGACACAACCUCGCUCCAAGCUGGAGGAAUACAAGAACGGGUUCGUGAACCUGGCGUUGCCCUUCUUCGGCUUUUCGGAGCCGAUCGCGCCCAAGAAGGCCAAGUACGGCGAGACCGAGUGGACGCUCUGGGACCGGUUCGAGUUCAAGAACAACCCGACGCUGAAGGAGAUCGUGGACUGGUUCGCGAACGAGCACAAGCUCGAGCUCUCGAUGGUCUCCCAGGGCGUGAGCAUGCUCUGGAGCUCGUUCAUCGGGAAGAAGAAGAACGAGGAGCGGCUGCCGAUGAAGUUCAGCAAGCUCGUGGAGACCGUGAGCAAGAAGACGAUCCCGGCGCACACGAAGCACCUCAUCGUCGAGGUCAUGGCCUCGGACGAGGAGGGCGAGGACGUUGAGGUGCCCUUCAUCGUCGUACACGUCUGA